CUUCUCGUCGCCCACUCGCCUCGCGCCCCUCAUCUCACCGCGCGUCGUCAUCUCCACCUCGAGCCCAGCCCGCUCCACCCAACAGAGCGACACCUGUACCCACCCACCCAUCCACACACCCCGCCCCGCCAUGACCGCCCUCGCCCAGCCCGCGUCCGGCUUCUCGUUCGAGAACGCCCUGCGCAACUCGUCCCUCGAGGCAAAGAACCUCGGCCUCCCGCGCGCCACCUCGACCGGUACCACCAUCGUCGGCGUCGUGUACGACUCGGGCAUCGUCCUCGGCGCAGACACCCGCGCCACAGAGGGCCCCAUCGUCGCCGACAAGAACUGCGAGAAGAUCCACUACAUCUCCGAGUACAUCCGCUGCUGCGGAGCCGGCACCGCCGCCGACACCGAGUUCACGACCAACAUGAUCAGUUCCAACAUCAAGCUGCACGAGCUGUCGACCGGCCGGCCACCGCUCGUCGCGACCGCCAUGACCAUGCUCAAGCAGUACCUGUUCCAGCACCAAGGCCAGGUCGGCGCCGCGCUCGUCCUCGGCGGCAUCGACCCGACGGGCCCGCACCUGUACACGGUCGCGCCGCACGGCUCGACCGACAAGCUGCCGUAUGUCACGAUGGGCUCCGGUUCGCUCGCCGCCAUGGCCGUGUUCGAGACGUCGUGGCGCCCCAACAUGACGCGCGACGAGGCGGUCGAGUGCGUCGCGGCCGCGAUCGAGGCGGGCAUCUGGAACGACUUGGGCUCUGGCAGCAACGUCGACGUGUGCGUCAUCGAGGGCGAGAAGAGCGGCGACGGGCUCAAGUACACGGGCAAGGCCAAGACGGACUACCUGAGGAACUUCCGCAUGCCCAACGACAAGGUGACCAAGGAGCGCAACUACAAGUGGAGGCGAGGCGUCACGGCGUGGACCAAGGAGGAGAUCAAGCGUUUUGUCGUCGCCGAGGAAGUUGUGCCUGUCGCGGGCGGGCUUGCGUCGGGCCCGGAAGGGAGCGGUGCGGGUGCGGGCGCGAGCAUGGAGGUGGACGCGUGAGAGGGGUCGGCGCAAUGGACGAGCCUGUUCUCUGUG